CUUCCGACAGAGCACCUCUACAACCUAUUUAUAAGGCUCUAACCUAAUGUCGACCUCAUUCCGUAACGAUGUCUUGCUUUGCACACAAAGGCCCUCGCCCCGUCGUUACGGAUUUUACAGUGAGCACGACGUCGAAGAAAUGACACACGAUGACUCCAAGAUGUUAUACUCGCGCCACUGCUUCAAGAUGGACACAAGGAUCGGCACAUAUGCCUACGGUGCAAUGAUAUGGGUAUACUCUUCUUCGUCUCCGAUGUACGCCUUCAGCUCCUCGUAAGACGCGUACGCUAUUCCAGACUCGACGCGUUGUGCAUCGUCAUCUGCCAGAGCGCGGACCCACCAUCGGAAACGCUCCUCGAC